AUGAUGAAGUGGUACGACGACACGAAAAUUCAGCAUUUUUCGCUGGGUUGUUUGGCGCUCUUUCUCUAUGACAGCUGGGAGGGGAGUCUUGAGGUCAACAAGAUUCAUGGAAUCCAAGCUAUUGUUAGGGCAAUGCGAUCUUUUCCUCGCUCCGAAGAUGUUCAGGAAAGCGCCAUGUUGGCCUUGGCGAAUGGAAUCGUGACGGACGAAGACAUCGAUUAUGACGUUGGCACAACGGACGACUUCAAGGAAGAACUCAAGGUUGCCACGAGAGAAAUGUCCAAGUUGUUUGUGGAAGAGCUGGAUGGGAUUGCAUUGGUAGUCAAUGCCAUGACGGCAUUCCCCAACCAUCAGGAUGUUCAAAUGUCUGGCUGCAGUUUGUUGGCAAAGUUGUCUCAUCGAGAAGAGUUUUUCGAGACCAUGAAGAAUACCAGGGCAGUUGGUGUUGUGGGAAUGAUCCUUGGGAACUUUGCGGGUGAUGUCGAGUUGAUUGGUAAGGCCACGCGAUUCAUGGUGAACGUGUGGGGCACCCGAAUGGUGAUUGACGUGGGAAUCGUUGCCGAUAGUGACCAGACCAGUCUGCAGGACGAACCCAACACCGCGGACACCAGCAUGGAGGAGCAGGAGAUUGACAAUAACCAAUCUCAGUCGGCUUCCGAGAACGACGAGGACACGGCCACGCAGGAGACAGCCGAAAAGGAAGAGUAA